AUGCCGGCUAAACCCACGCCAGCUAAACCCUCGCCGGCUAAACCCACGCCGGCUAAACCCACGCUGGCUAAACCCUCGCCGGCUAAACCCAUGCCGGUUAAACCCACGCCGGCUAAACCCACGCCGGUUAAACCCAUGCCGGCUAAACCCACGCCAGCUAAACCCACUGCCGCUAAACCCACGCCAGCUAAACCCUCGCCAGCUAAACCCACGCCAGCUAAACCCACGCUGGAUAAACCCACACCAACUAAACCCACGCUAACUAAACCCACGUCGGCUAAACCCAUGCCGGCUAAACCCACGCUGGAUAAACCCACGCCAGCUAAACCCACGCCAACUAAACCCACGUCGGCUAAACCAAUGCCGGCUAAACCCACGCUGGAUAAACCCACACCAACUAAACCCACGCCAACUAAACCCACGUCGGCUAAACCCAUGCCGGCUAAACCCACGCCAGCUAAACCCUCGCCGGCUAAACCCACGCCGGCUAAACCCACGUCGGCUAAACCCUCGCCGGCUAAACCCACGCUGGCUAAACCCACGCCAGCUAAACCCACGCCGGCUAAACCCACGCCAGCUAAACCCACGCCAGCUAAACCCACGCCAGCUAAACCCACGCCAGCUAAACCCACGCCAGCUAAACGCACGCCGGCUAAACCCACGCCAGCUAAACCCGUGCCGGCUAAACCGACGCCAGCUAAACCCGUGCCGGCUAAACCCACGCCGGCUAAACCCACGCCGGCUAAACCCACGCCAGCUAAACCCGUGCUAGCUAAACCCACGCCGGCUAAACCCUCGCCAGCUAAACCCACGCCGGCUAAACCCACGCCGGCUAAACCCGUGCCGGCUAAACCCACUCCAGCUAAACCCACGCCAGCUAAACCCACGCCGGCUAAACCCACGCCGGCUAAACCCACGCCAGCUAAACCCACGCCAGCUAAACCCACGCCAGCUAAACCCACGCCAGCUAAACCCGCGCCAGCUAAGCCCGUGCUAGCUAAACCCAUGCCGGCUAAACCCACGCCAGCUAAACCCACGCCAGCUAAACCCAUGCCGGCUAAGCCCACGCCGGCUAAACCCACGCCAGCUAAACCCGUGCUAGCUAAACCCACGCCAGCUAAACCCGUGCUAGCUAAACCCACGCCGGCUAAACCCACGCCAGCUAAACCCACGCCAGCUAAACCCACGCCAGCUAAACCCACGCCGGCUAAACCCACGCCGGCUAAACCCACGCCGGCUAAACCCACGCCGGCUAAACCCACGCCGGCUAAACCCACUGCCGGCUAA